GUGGGGUCGCCUAGCGGAGCAUGCGCGGAGGCAGAGAGGGUUCGCUCUGAGGGAGGGCGGAUCGCGCUGCUGACCGGUUGCACGUGCCCCGCCUGGCCGCAGCGCCGGCGACAGACUAGUUCCAGCCAUGGCUGCGCUGGCCGAGGUGGGCUCCGCCGGGCACUUCCGGGAGCUGCUGCAGCAGAAGGGCAAGUCUCUUGUAGUUGUCCAUUUUUGGGCACCAUGGGCUCCUCAGUGCAUUCAGAUGAAUGAUGUCAUGGCUGAGUUAGCUAAGGAACACUCACAAGUUACAUUUGUGAAGCUGGAAGCUGAAGCUGUGCCUGAAGUAUCUGAAAAAUACGAAAUUAGCUCUGUUCCAACAUUCUUGUUUUUUAAGAAUUCUCAGAAAAUUGACAGAUUAGAUGGUGCCCAUGCCCCAGAGCUGACCAAAAAAGUCCAGCGCCAUGCAUCUAGCAGCACUAUUUCAGCUGGCCCUAAUGAUAAUGCAAAAGAGGACCUCAACGUGCGUCUAAAGAAAUUGACCAAUGCUGCACCCUGCAUGGUGUUUAUAAAAGGAUCUCCCCAGGAGCCUUGUUGUGGUUUCAGCAGACAAAUGGUGGAGAUUCUUAACAAACAUAACAUUAUGUUUAGCAGUUUUGAUAUUUUUUCUGAUGAAGAAGUACGUCAAGGACUGAAAACAUACUCUAAUUGGCCUACUUAUCCACAGUUGUAUGUAGCUGGAGAGCUUAUAGGUGGACUGGAUAUUGUUAAGGAACUGGAGGCUUCUGGAGAACUGGACACAAUCUGUCCCAAGGCACACAAAUUGGAAGACAAACUUAAAGUCCUGACAAACAAAGCUUCUGUGAUGCUGUUUAUGAAAGGAAACAAGCAGAUGGCAAAAUGUGGAUUCAGCAAGCAAAUUAUAGAAAUCCUAAACAGCACUGGAGUUGAUUAUGAGACAUUUGACAUAUUAGAGGAUGAAGAGGUGCGGCAAGGAUUAAAAACAUAUUCAAACUGGCCAACAUACCCUCAGUUGUACGUGAAAGGUGAACUUGUUGGCGGGCUGGAUAUUGUUAAGGAACUAAAGGAAAAUGGUGAAUUGUUAUCUACUCUGAAGGGAGAAAAUUAAUGCAAAUGGACAUGAAUGCUAAUGAUGGGAACUGAAAUACUGCAAGAAAUGAUUCAUUUAUUGAUUACGUUGGAGCAAUCAGCAAUGGAGUGGGAGUAAUUAAAAGCUUCUGACUUGCUCUUAUACUUCACAAAGUCAUGCUAGAUCUAUAUGUUAAAGUAAUUUUUCACCAGAAAUACAAAACUGUAUCGACAUCUUCAAUUAAAAUGGAAUGUUAAACAUU